UAGUAGAUAUACAGUAGAUUAUUCUUCUGUGUAGAUGUAAUUUUAGAAUGCUUACUGGGAAUAACACAGCGUAUGACACAGCGGAAUUGCACCCCAAUGGUGAGACAGAAGAAUAAAAGAAUCUACAGAAAUGUCCAACUCAUAACUACUCAGAAUAAAUCCCCCGGUUUGAAUUACCCAAAAUUUAUAUGUACUAAGAAAAGAGUGCGCGCCUUUAGUUCGCGAUUGUUGCCUAUCAGUGAAGGGUAAGAAUACAAAAUGCGCACACAAGUGUAAACGGUCUUCUAACCGGCUGGGUGUAAUAGACACCGAACUGCAAGGACUAUAAGCGACCCGCCGUGGCUAUGUUAGCAUUAUGUACCUGUCUACAUUCACGUCAUGCGCGUUUGCCCGAAUGAUAAUCAUGGCUGAAGUCGUCGGUGUUUACGUUUAAUCUGAACACAUCAAAAAGGCUACGGAACUUUAAGAAGGGCUAUAAGCGCAGGUGUUGCCCGUGUUCUGUGGACAGCAUCGACAAAGUUUGUCAGUGAUACAACCGAGGCAGAUGACACGGCUGAACCAUUGGGCUCUGAUGAAGUAAAACAGAUAAAAAUUGUAAACUCAUAAUGGAGGUAACUCUUUGGAGAUUACUUUGAAUACAGACGACCCAGCCAUGGACGUCACACUAGGACAAAAACGAAAGGGCUCUUCUGAAAUCGGAAUUGGACGAAAAGUAAGCGACUCAAUCCUGUGCUCCAAAUGGUCUGCCACAACCGAGCGAGCCUACCAGAUUAAUGAGGGCGCUAGUUUUGAUACGACGGACUCGAGUUCAAAUCCAAUUUCUUCCCAAAAUGGGGUGCAUUCCGAAGAUUGGUGCCAGCAGAAGAAAACCAACGGAAAGAAGUCUGUGUACAGGUGUGCUGUGGUGACGAUGUGUGUAGCGGUUCUCCUUUGCAUCGCCGCCGGCAUUGCCGUUGCCGUGGUACUAACAUUGAACCCAACAAUUACAAAAGGUGACCCGGAGACUAUAGACGUUGAAGGUCAGAUUGUCCUCAAAGACAAGUGGUCAGAAGCACUGGGAGAUAAGUCCUCGAAGGAGUACCAAAACAAGGUUGCUUCUAUUAAGUCUGAGCUUGAUCAAGCGUUUAAGGCGGGGAAAGUAAAAUCAAUUUAUGAGGACGUGAAAAUCACAAACCUAAGUCCCGGCAGCAUUAUUGUUGAUUUUGUGGUACUGCUAAAAGUGCCAUCAAAUGACAUAUCCUUCAAGGACGGCGCUGUUGUGGUGAAGCUAGAGGACGGAAGUGACGUAGAGGUCACGGGUCUGAUAAAAGAUACCAUCAGUAGAGAAGUCAGCAUGGACAUGGAUGAUGACAUGACGAUGGUGAAAGUGUCAAUUCCAGUAGAAGUGACCCCUCGAGUACAGCCUGACAAUACGGAAUUACCCACGCUAACAUCCAAGUCAACUACAGUUGGUCUCCCCUGUCGUAGAAACACAUUUCGUUGUGGAAAUGGCGCCUGCAUUCCUCGCGAUUGGGUGUGUGACUCGAGGCCUGAUUGCUCAGACAACAGUGACGAGCACCCCGAUAUCUGUGGUCAAAAUGGCACGACAGUCCUUACUGACGUGGCCAGUAGGAUGACAACACAAAGACCAAGAACAACACCGACGACGACUUCGGGAUGGCUAAGAAAAACGACAUCGUUCACAGGAAACAACACACUUCCGAGUACUGCUUGUGCAUCCAAUGAAUUCCACUGUGGGAAUGGCCGAUGUAUACCUGUGCAAUUUCGAUGUGACGGAACAUCUCUUUGUCAAGGCGGUGAAGACGAGAUAGGCUGCCUACAAUCGUCCGGUAAUCGCAUUCACGUGAACACAAACGGACAUGUGAGACCUUUAUGCAGCGGACCUUCCAUGGUGGACAACAGAAAAGUCGCAAAGAGUGUCUGUACCUCCAUGGGAUUUUCAAAACUCGAAUCUGUUUCAGCUGUCGAAUCUGAGAGAAUACCGCUCGGAGUGAUUUUCUACCCGUCGCCUGACUACACUGGCUACAUGGGAAAUUUCCAGCCUAUCGUCUCAAUAGACUGCUCACCACUGGACAUCAAGUGCAAGGACGAAGGUAACUACUAUUUACAUUUCACCAACUGCGGUGUGUCGACUAUUCCUUUGGCGGCUAACUACAUCCAGCGUGGACACGACGCGUUACCGGGUCAGUGGCCUUGGCAGAUCCAGCUGUUGCUAUCAGGACGUCAUCAAUGUGGUGGAACACUGUUAAACGAACGAUGGGUGCUGACAGCUACACAUUGCGUGGAUGACGAUUCAGCAGAGGAUUUUCGUGUUAUUCUGGGCUCUCACGCAAGAAGCAUUGUAGAGGAUACGGAAAUCAGUCGCUCCGUUGUCAAAAUCAUCAAUCACCCGAGUUUCAGGGAUGAGGGCUUGGUACUAAGGAAUGAUAUUUCCUUGCUGCUCCUGAACGAGUCUGUACCGUUCACAGACUUCAUCAAGCCAGCCUGCAUGCCUCAAGAUCCCCUGAACAUUAGGAAGACAUGUUACUUAACCGGCUGGGGUCAUACAGAAUCGGGAAAUACACCUGACAUCCUUCAGCAGAUCCGAGUGAGUGUCAUGGUGGGCAAAGCAUGCAACCAGUUCCGCGACAACCCGGACAUCUUAGACUCGAUGGUGUGUGGGACAACCUACACGCGCAUUUCACCAGCUUGCUACGGGGACAGUGGUGGCCCAAUGUCGUGUCUGAACAGCGCGGGCCGAUGGGAAGUGCACGGGGUUGCCAGCUUUGGUCCCAGGGGCUGUAGAGACUCUGGCCAAGCUGACAAUAUUAUAGUGUACUCUAACGUCCAUUAUUUCCAGGAUUGGGUAAAACAAUACUCAGAGUGCCGCUUCCGGUGUUCAGAUGGGUCUUGUCUCUACGAUAACAGUAAAGUGUGCGACGGAGUGGUGGACUGCGAAGACGGCACUGACGAAAGCGACAUUUGUGAACCAUCCGUAACAUGUACUUUCGAAUAUAACAACAUCUGUGGGUAUACGGCUGAAAAUAUGACGACUUUGAACGACACACGCAGUGGUUUAUCCUGGCUUCACAAAGAAUGGAGCGGAGGGCUGAAGGAUCACACCACCUCGACAGUCGCAGGUCGAUUUAUGAGCUCUCCGUAUGGGUACGACAUCUCGAUAAAUCCGUUCUACGACCUAAGAUCUCCAAAUCUAUCGGAAUCAAACAACGCCUCCUGUCUACGGUUCUACUUUCACAUACCUCACAUACGGUCGGGUUUUGCCAGACUGGAUGGUGACAUCCUGCGGGUGGUGGCUGUCGAUACCAACGGAACAGAACAGCUGCUGUGGGCAGUUGAUGUCAGUUUUGGACCUAGUUGGAAUCUGGCCACAGUGACGCUACCGGCUUUAACCCAUUCUGUUGUGUUCAGAGCCAAAUACAGUGUUUCCAUCGACGACGUGGAGCUUGUUGAAAACCAAGCGUGCCCACCUAUUGUGUGUCCUGGGGAGUCGGAAGUGGCCUGUGACAUCCCGAGCUUCUGUAUGAACACCAGUGCCAUGUGUGACUCCAUAAAGCAGUGUAAAGAUGACCCUACAAGCUAUGAUGAAGAGCCAAAAUACUGCGGAGCGUCUGUGGAUUGUGAUUUUGAAGACGACUACGCGUGUGGCUACACAUCCGCUCCCCUCAGGCUAGGGUGGGAGAGAACAAACAUAGGCCCUAAGAAAGGCCGUUAUUUCAGCGGUGGCAAAGAUUACGCCAUGGUUCUGACGAUUCGCGGUGAUCUUUUCCGGUGGGAUGGAACCCCAUGAUUUCCCGGUGGAAGGUAAAACUUUCACUUCCAAAAGUCAAUGUGAAGGGUGAUGAAUCCU